AGCCCCCCCCCGCGUGGGCGCGCGCCACCGCGCGGGGGGGCGCCCGCGGCAGCCAUGGGCAAGAAGGGCAAGGACGACCCGGUCGCGGACGAGGCCCCCAGGCCGGAGGACGAAGAGGAGCCCGCCGAGCCAGAGAUCCUGAAGCUCUGCUUCCGCACAGAUGGGCACGAUCGAGAUGGGCACGGACAGAGUGGUCGGAGGGAGCCAGCUGUACUACGGGGAGUGCAAGGCCGGCUUCAAGCAGCGCUACGGCACCUUCGUGCGGCACGGCUUCGGCAAGCUCGUGGACGCGGCGGUGUCGCCGGUGGGCAUCAGGCCCGAGCUCGGCCAGGAGCUUGCGUACGAGACGGUGGUGCUGGCCACGUACGACGGCAGGUGGCAGGACAACGUCCUGACGGGCCCCGGCACCGUCAAGUGGAGCGAUGGCAGCGCGUAUGAGGGCGCCUUCGCCGACGGCCAGCUGCACGGCCAUGGGCGGUUCGUCUGGCCGGACGGGAGCGCCUACGAAGGCGCGUGGCACCAAGGCGCCAUGCACGGCCAGGGCAGGUUCGACUCCCGGUUUGACGGGAGUUUCUUGCAGGGCCGCUUCCACCAGAACCAGCUGCUGCAGGCGAAGGACGGCCCUG